CUGACAGUUGCACUGCCACGGCUGCUGGCAGGUCCCGUGGAGGCAGCCCGGGUAGCGGAUGCACUCGUCGCAGUAGCGGCCUUUGAAUCCCACUCUGCACCUGUUGUUGUUGUCCAAUUAGGAGAGAGAACGCCGCUCCGGGCUCUUUAUCUCUCUCACUGUGGAGGCUCUGCUGUUUAUCUGCUGGUGACAGUGAUGAGAAAUGAUGAUUCAUGCUGCAUCCACUCCUGCAUCCUCGGCUCAACGACUUUCACCACUAGGGGGCGCCAGUCCGCCACGUCUCCUCACCAUAUCUCGCUAUAAACAACCUGCUGGUCUAUUGAAUGGAUGUUAUAAGACAUGAGUAAUGAGUCAGAAUGAGAAAUAAGAAGCUAAACAGUUUAUUUAUAUGAUGCUCUAAUGGAUUCUUUCAUUUAUUUGUCAUUUAUUCUGAUUUAUUCUGCAGGAUUGUGACCCAGGCUCCAUCUGAGAAGUUGUUUUUUUUAUGGUUUAUUAUAAUUUAUUGGACAAACAAAAGUUGAUAUUGAGCUGCACUGUAUGUAAUCACUGCCAUUGGUUUCUGUGAUGUUACAAUUGGAGAUUUAAAUGAACCAGUUUAAUUAAUGCAGAAAAAAGACUCAAUAACUAUAUGAAUUAACAAUAAAUAUGAAAGUUUGGAGUUUCAUUUGCAUCUCGUAAUUGGCUAAAGAGGGAGACAUGCUGUAUAUAUCGGAUAAAGGUUUUCUGAGAGCUUAGUUCAUUUCACUUGGAAAGCUCUGGAGCUUCAUAUGGCGCGCUGCGGGGUAAGCCUCUUAGGAAUCACGACCACAGCAGAUGCAGGGAGAAUGCCAAUCAGGAGCUCCCGCUGAGCGGAGAAACCCGACGGCUGUGCCACUGUGCGCGUCCAAUCUCCGCCACGGUUCGCACACGACAAGACACUUCGACGUCGUCUGGCGCUUUACAGUUUUGCAGUAAACAUCCCAAACUGGUCCGUGGAGGAUGGAGCGCGCGGAGAGUCUCCAGCGACUCUGAUCGGUGAGGCGACUAAAACAAAUACUCCCCCGAAGGUGAAAAACCAUGCUGCCUCAGGAAGUCGGGAAGCAGAAGCCCCGCCGUGUGUCGGACCCGGUGUGCGGAGGAGACUUCCCCCCGGUCCCGCCGCGGCGCUUAAAGAACCGGGACUUCCCGCUGAGCGUGAAGCGCCGGAGGUCCGGUUCCGCACCUGAGCGCAAGGUGAACUGCGUCCUGGUUGGAGACGGGGCGGUGGGAAAGACCAGCCUCAUCGUCAGCUACACCACCAACGGAUACCCGACAGAAUACGUUCCCACAGCGUUUGACAACUUUACCGUGAUGGUUGUGGUGGACGGGAAACCAGUGAGACUGCAGCUGUGUGACAUGGCCGGACAGAAAUGGGGGCUGGUCGAUGGAUCGAUCAAUGACGAGCUGGAGCGCCUCCGGCCGCUUUGCUACAAGAACGCAGACGUCUUCCUCCUCUGCUACAGCGUGGUCCGGCCCUGCUCCUUCCGUAACCUGAUCGAUAGGUGGGUCCCGGAGAUCCGUCAGCACUGUCCCGGCGCCCCCUUGAUCCUGGUUGGCACCCAGCUGGACCUGAAGGAGGAUGUCCAGGUGCUGAUUCACCUGGCAAAGAACCAGGAGCGGCCGGUGGACACCGAGGAGGGCCAGCGGCUCGCCCAGGAGAUCGGAGCGGCGAGCUUCGCAGAGUGCUCGGCGCUCACCCAGAAGAACCUGAAGGACGCUUUUGAUUCGGCCAUCUUGGCCAGCAUCCAGCUGACAGACACUAGCAGCGUCCAGCAGCAGAGGCUGACUCUGAAGAGGAAGACGCCAGACAAGAUCAAGAGCCUCUCGGAAACCUGGUGGAGGAAGAUCAACUGCCUGAUGGGAGAGCAGAGCUGUGAAUUCAAGUGACCGACGGCAUCAUCACAAACAUGGGUCAGAUAACGUUUGCAGAUACUUCGAUUUGGUUUUCACCUGCUGAGAGACGGUGCAGGGUGGGUGGGCAGGUACGUAACGCAAAAGGUUUUCAGUUCAGAUUCCCUCCCACACUCUAGUGCAGCAGACAAGCUCGAAGGUUAUUGAGCAUCUUAUGACUAAAGGAGGAAACUUUCUCCAUGUUUCAAUAAACCGCAGAUGUGACCUCCGGGACGGGGCGGAGCCUCCUGGAGUAAUGAGUGUGGUCCAGACCAAACUAGCAUGCUAGCUUCUGAUUAGCGUGUUCGCUAAUGUGUUAGCUUGUCAUGUAGUUACAUAGAACACACAGCAGAAGAUGUCAUGCAAAAAUGCAAUGUAGGUUUGUUGAGUUAUGGGAAAUGUAGUACCCAGAGAUCUUUGAGCCCAGCACAUACUAGGGACUAAAAUCGAGGACGUCUCUGCCUCUGCUGCAUCGAUUUUUUCUUUCCAUCUUUAUUUAAGUACGAUACUUAAAUUGCUGAAGACUAAUACUGUUGAGUGUGUAAAGCCACUGAAAAGAAAUCAGUGCGGUGUGAUAUUCAAUAAGGUACCAUGCAGAAUUUAAACACACUUCCUGAUAGUCCUGCAUGUAGUCCUGGUUCGCACAUGAAAUUAACUUCACACUGAUCUUGUUAGAGUUGCAUCUUUCUACCUCAUCCCCCUCGAUUUCUUUUUUACUUUGUUUUUUAUAAACACAUAUAAAGGAAGCGUUACAUGUGCGCAUCUUUUCGCUUCCUGACCCGAUUCUUUUCCAAGCGUUUUCCUGAUGCUGUUAACCCCACCCACCUGAGGCUCACCGCAGAUUAAAACCAACACCACAAACGUUACUGGACCCACGUUUGUCUCGAUAAAGAUCUUGACUCAGUUUGUAAUUUUUACACCCCAACAUUACUCGUACUUUGUUUGACUAGUUUGUAGGUAAUUAAUGUAUUUCUAUAUGUAUUUAUUUAUCAUUAUUAUUAUAUUGUGAUCAUUCACCUUGCCAUCACUGAUCAUGGAAGAAUGUUCAGAAGCCUUGAUUAAAGUUGUCAAAAGGAA